AUGAUCCCACAAGCGACGGCCGGGUUCUCGGACGACGCACAAGUCCAUCGCACGCUGGAGCAUGGCCGGACUCUUCUCGGCCCCGGGUGGCGCUGCGUUGACAGCUUCGACGAUAUAAAUGAGGACGCGUAUGAGGACGAUGAAGAGGAGUACGUUCUCAUGGACCUCGGCACUUCGGUCGAUACGCGAACACUUCAGACGGAAGCAACGUAUCAGCUCAUAGGGCUCGACACGCCUAUACCGUUUCUCAAAAUUGGAGAGAACGUGUUCGAGGGGCGCGUGAAUCCUCUGAUCGGGGACGAAGUUGUGUUUGAUGUCGUCCGGCGUGAGUAG